UACACAAAGGGGUUGUAAUUCACAUCAUUGAAGAGCGAACAUCACGACCGCAACUGCCGGAUUUAGUUGUGCGAUCUUUCAGACACUGAAUGUUUUAAACAGCACAUGAAGCAGUGCGUGGACUAAGCGCAGCUGAGCUGAGUGAUACUCAAGUGUAGUCCUUGAAGGUGCUCGAUGUGUCUCUGAUACUGCGGGUGGAAAGUUGGGUGUCAAGAACCAGCGAAUGUACAGCGAAGAAUAUGUUGUUGUUUUUAUAUGAGCCGUGGUUCAAUGCCUUUUCCUCUUCCUGGUAAGAUUAGCGGAAGCCAGCAGUACAGUACUGUGUUUUUUUCUCUUCAUCUGCAGCAGCAGCCGGUUGUGACAAUCAGCGAUCCGCUUACCGGUGUGUUUCAUCAACGGACAAACAUCUAAACAUCUGAAUAUCAUCUCAGCGGCUUUGGACUUUUUAUCACGGAGCAGGUCGAAUCACAUACUGAUUUCUGAAAAUGACGGGAAAAUCAGUCAAAGACAUUGACCGCUAUCAGGCUGUUCUCACAUCUCUGCUCGCGUUAGAGGAAAACAAGUUUUGCGCCGAUUGUCACGCCAAAGGUCCCAGAUGGGCAUCCUGGAAUCUUGGAAUCUUCAUUUGUAUCCGCUGUGCGGGAAUCCAUCGGAAUCUUGGCGUGCACAUAUCACGAGUUAAAUCUGUAAACCUGGACCAGUGGACUCAUGAGCAGAUACAGUCUGUUCAGGAGAUGGGGAAUGCCAAAGCUCGGCGACUAUACGAGGCCUUUUUACCAGAGUGCUUCCAGCGCCCAGAGACAGACCAAGCUGCUGAGAUUUUUAUACGUGACAAAUAUGAUAAGAAAAAAUAUAUGGAUAAAUGCAUCGACAUCCACUCUUUCAGGAAAGAAAAGAGUGAGACAGUAACAAAAGAGGCUCCUGUUGUUUUUGAAAAGAUGAAGCUGAAAAAAGACGAGUUGCAACAAUUCAAAAACAGUCCAAAGCAGUCACAGUCUGUUAAUGACUUAUUAGGACUAGAUGCCCCUGCUCCUCAAGCUCCCGUGUCCAAUGGCAAACCAAGCACUGAACUCAGUCCCGCCCUUGACCUCUUUAGCUCUCUUCCUCCUGCCGUCAGCAGCUCAAACUCCUCCAGGAGCACGCCUAGCUCAGGGUCCAUGCCCACUGGACGGGUAGCAGCUUCAGUGCCCGAAAACCUCAGUCUGUUUCUGGAUCCCCCAUCCAAAAGUGAAGACAGCGGAAAAAAGAUGUCUAAGGACUCAAUCUUGUCCUUGUACGGCAAUACAGCACCACAAACAAACAUGGCUGCUCAUGCUGGCAUGUACAUGGGAGCAACCCAGAUGGGCUACGUCCCUGCUGCAGGAUACGGCCAAUACCAGGCUCUGGGUGCCCAGCAGGGCAUGAUGGGGCCUAUGAUGGCUCCACAGAUGAACAUACUGGGACAGGCAGGUGUCAUGCCGCACACCGGAGUGGCAGCUGCUCCUCAGUACAUGGCAGGGGUGCAGGGGGGCGUAAUGGGAAUGCAGAACGGGAUGAUGGGAAGCAUGGCAACAGUUCCUCAGCAGGCAUAUGGAGCACAGCAGGCCCAACAGCUGCAGUGGAACAUCAGCCAGAUGACUCAACACAUGGCGGGAAUGAAUUUCUACGGUGCCAAUAACAUGAUGGGAUACGGGCAGCCCAUGGGCGGGGCGUCAGCCCCCGGUUCAAAUCCAGUGCUCGGGUCACACGUGUGGAAGUGAUGAUGUCACAAAGAGAGAGUGGGACGGCGUGUCAGAAUUGGUUGGGCUCGGUUGGCGCCAAGACUGACUGACAGCAGAAGGGGAACAGAUUGUAGGAGCAAACACUUUGGGAAGUCGAUUAGAUGAUCGUAACCGAAGCAAAGUCUCUACCUCCCUCAUUCUCAGAGCCAGAUUCUCAUGCUUGCCUUCAAACAGUCACAUACUCAGAGAGAGAAUAGUGUCAUUCGCAAGGUAUACCGUAGUGCGUAUGCACUUCUCAGCCGAAUGUCACAGCUUUGUUUCUAGAUGAUGUGUUUUUGCAACAUUCGCUUGAAGAUUCGGUUUUCUGUUCUUUCUUUGACCAGUGUUAGGAUGCGAUCACAUUUACUGUUUUUGGGCGAAUUUUCACGGGCAAAAUCCACACAGUUUGGAAUUUUGCUUGAGGGUGAAUGAUUUUCCCCUCAGAUUUUGCACGUGAGUUUGAAUGAAAGUAACCUUUGUGUGAGCUGUGCUUCAUUUUUCACUGUUGACAAUAUACAGUUAACCUUUUUAGCCCAGUGUUUCGCCAAUAUGUGACAGCAUCUUUAGUUUCAGUUAAGAAAGCUUGUUUCAUUUCAGAAACAUUUUAUCAUUUAGAUAUGUAACGCAGUAUGUCUCAUCAUAAGCAUGUUUGCAUUCAUAGAUGAAUGGCUAAAAGCCAUUUUAGUUACCUUUUCUGUUCUUCAACUGAUACUGCUGAGGAAAAUGUUUAUUUUGCUGUCAGGUUAUACUCUCGUGUUGUCGUCUUUUUAACGCACAGGGUACAACUAAGCCACUUUGACUUUGCUUUCUGUCACACUCGCUCUCAACUCAGGAGAAAUAAAGGCUUGGGAGGAUGAGGGUUCUCACAUCCAUCUCAUAGCAGGACAUUUACAUUCAGCCAAAGAUUUAUUAACUUUUUUUAUUUAUUCAGCAGUCGGCACAGAUCUUCGGAACGAUAUGUUCUAGAUGGAUCCGUGCUGCUGUGUGUCGUUUCAGAGCAUUGCGGUUUGACCUCAAGAGUUUAAUGGCACCAUUGAUUGUAUUGUGCACUGCUUUUCUCCUCAUUACUGAGUGUGCAGGGUCACCGCUGGUGGAGAGAGUGAAAUUUUGGGACACUGAGGCUGCAGUUUGGACCGAGACCAAAUGAAUGUUUCACUCUGACUGCUGCCCGGAGAGCAGAAUUUGCCAUGGCCACUGUGUGAAGUUCAUUCGAAGCAGUCAGCUUGGGGUUUUAUUGACUUUGCUCGCUGUUUGUUUGAGCCUGACGUACUUCUAAAGUAACCAAAUGCGAUGAGCUUCACUCUUGAUCUUAUUAGAGCAUGUGAAAAAAGAAGCUAGGACCCCUUUAAAACUGCUGGGAAAAAUGGAGAUGGAUUACUGGUCUGGUUUCAGACUGGUUUUAGGCACUUACACCAACUUUAAAUUCUAUCUUAGACUGGUUUAGGUUGUUUUUUUUCAGGGUUAAGCAGUUGUACAUGAGUCAUUCUGUAUUUAUGGGUACAUUUCAUGCCAGCCAAAAAGUCGUCUUUUUUGAUAAAUAAACUAGGGGGUUGAAUAAUACAUGCCCUUAAUGUGCUAAAUUAAUUAUUUGGCAAGCGUAAGCUCUAAUGACUUUUUAAAUAUGUUAAAUAUUAUUUUGUCAACUGUGUUACAGUGUCAAAUGAAACAUGAAUGAAGUACCAUAUGUUUGAUAACACAUUUGUUUGAAGGUUUUUGAGUCUAUUCACCAGAGUUUUUGAGGUUAUCUGUCGAACUGAUUUAAAACUAUGAAUUUGGGGCUAUAUAAUGGGCGUUCUGUGGGAUGCUGUCAUGAAGGAUGGAAAUUUUCUUUAACACAAAUCCACAGUAUGCUAAAGUUAGUGUUAUUCACUAUCUUACCCAAGACUUCCAUCUCCAGAGAUAUCCCCAUCUUUUUUUCCUGACAGUUUAGUUCACAUUUAAAAGAUUUAUGACAUAAAAACCAUACAUAACACAGUUGACAAGAGUAACACAGUUGGCAGGAGAUAAUAGAAGAAAAAAAGAAAUCUUUCUUCAAGAUAGAAACAUUUUAUCUUAAAUUUUCAGUUCUUUUUCAUCAGUGACCAAGCAGAAAUAGACACGUCAAAUCUGUAAUAUUAUAUAGGUUUAAUAUUAUAAACAAAUGUGAAUAUGUUAUAAAUACUGAGUUCAUAGAAAGUGUGGCCGUGAUUAAUCAGUUAAAUCAUGCAAACCAUGAUUUUAGGCAAUUCCUAUGUAAUUUAUGUGUAAUGACAAUAGUUUGUGAAUAUUUUUUAUCAACAACACAGCAGUGUGAGCAUAAAUUGACACUAAAUUGCCAUCAUUGUCAACCGUGUUACAGUUGAUGGGUAACACAGUUGACAUUUUUGCAUAAGGUCAACAGUUCGCAUAAGGCCCUAAAAUUGGCCAAAAUGUCAACUGUGUUACCCAUCAACUGUAACACGGUUGACAGGUAACACAGUUGACAUUUUGGCCAAUUUUAGGGCCUUAUGCAAACUGUUGACCUUGGACGAGUUAGUACAUGACCUUGUUUUUAUAUUCUUUCCCUACAUAUUUAUAAAUAUAACGUGACGCAAGGUCACCAGAACAUGUUGAUAACACAGUUGACGGUCAAUUAAUCAAUUAGUUAUGAUCUACCACACUGUCUUCUUUUUUUUGUGUGUGUGUGUGUUUUUAUGCCUUUAUUUGGAUGGGACAGUGUAGUUUGACAGGAAGCGAAAUUGGGGAGAGAGAAGGGGGUGUGAUCGGGAAAAGUCUACAAGCUGGGAUUCGAACUUGGGUCGCCCGCAGCGCAAUAGCGCUGUAUGUCGACAUGCCGACACCACACUGUCUUCAAAUUUCCCUACAAAAAAGGAAAUUCUAUCAGGGGAUGUUGGACAUGUGACUUUGGAACAAACCAUUGCUGAUGUAUAGGGGGGUUUCAUAGGAAAUAACAUAGUUGACACUGAUUUCUCAGACAUACACAGAACUGAUGAUUUCAUGUAGGUGCAGCACAAAAACAGCAAAUUCCAGUAUAGAUAUGCCAUUUUUGCAAGAUAAAAGAUGGGUAUCUGUUGGAUUUUUGUAUUAAAUGAAAUUAGAAAUGUCCCCUGAUAUAAAAGUGAUCAUUGCUUGAAGUAAAAAGUUAGUCAAAUUUGAUAAUAGAGUCCAUGGACAUGACAUGUACCCCUAACUAUAAAAUGACUCACAUGUAUUAAACAUGUCUGUGCUUUUUUUGUUACGUUUCAGGUGUUGUUUUUAUCUUUCACAGCCAUAGAAACUCAAAAUGUUCUGCCCAGGAAGCUAAUUUAUUUUCCUCAGUGAUUUGUAAAGGAGUUCUUUGUUCUAGGCUUCUCUACAAUAUUUGGUUGCUGUGUUUUUCACUGUAGCCUGAAUGUGAAGAUUUGUUUGCUAAUAUUCCUUACGCUUUUUAUACCUUGGUGAACAUGAUCUGAAAUGACACUGUCAUUGUGGUCUUGCACAUCACUGCCCUCUUCUGGCCAAUAAUAAUAAGUGAUCAUCAGUGAUGUACAGCGUUGUUUGUAUCACAUCAUUUGUUGCUGAAUGUGUUUUUUAUUGUGAAUCUGCACUGCAUUUUUUAGGUUUUGUAUAUUCGUUUGCUUUAUUUUGAUGAAAUGGGACCAUUCUUUUCUCAUUAAUUAGGCACACGAGCUUGUAAAUACCAUGUUUGUGAUAUUAUGAGACUUAUAACCCUCUAUAUAUGCUCCAAAGUUUUAUCUUUAAUUUAAAACGAUUGUUAUAAUGGCACUUUACAAUAGCAGCUUGUAUGCAUGAAUCGUUCAUUGAGAUUUGAUUAGACAACAUUCAAUUUGUGUGCAUGCUAGACAUUCCAAAACCGCAAUCAUUAGAUGUUCAAACUGACCACAUAUCAGUGGGCUGAAAAGUAUUGCUGCUGAUUUGAUUAAUCUCAGCAGGUGGAUCUGCUUCCAAACUUUCACUUGAAUGUAACUGUCCGGUUUGAGUGAUUUGGACCAGGUCAUUGGAAGGAGAAUGUUGUAGUGCUCUGUGUAAAGCAAUAUGGGCUCCUGUUUAAAAUUUGAUUUACAAUAAUACAUCAGCAGAUAGUUAAUCCGUAGAGAAAGCAAUCAUUUUAGAAGUCUACAAAAUGCAACUGCUAUGUAUACAGUGCGAAUUUCAUGCCACACAUAAAAUAAAUGCUUUUGUUUUAAGCUAGCGGUAAAUGUUACAAUCUCUAUUGCUGUUUUUCCUUUUUGGAAUAUGGAGGGCUUGUUUCCACACACGCUUGCAGACUCAAGGAAGAGACUCCGACAGCUGUGUAAUGGUUUUCAUCGCUCCUUUUGGUGAAACGGUGCUAAAACAUAAUCUGCCCAUAUUACGUUGUGGAGGUCUUGAAGAUUCUUCCUCUGUGAACUCUCACGUGAGAGGAUGUACCGUCAUCUAAGUGUCUGUUAUGCUGAAGUGAUCACAUCAUUGUGGCUCACAGUGAAUGUGUACAUUUGUGGGUUACUUGCAAAGUUUGCAUUUAAGUUCCUUUUCAGAAAUGCAUUAAAAAGGCUUGAAUGUAAAAUAAGAUGAGAAAUAAACAUCUUGACUGCAA